AUGGAGAAGUUUCUACACUUGACUCACGAUGACCGCUCAGUGGUGGAGUACGAGAGAGAGUUUCUUCGACUUAAUAAGUAUGCAACGGAGCUGAUCCCGACUGAAGAACGUCGUUGUUAUUGGUUUAGAGAGGGCUUUUGGGGUGAUAUUUUGACUCACCUUGUAGCAAAUCCUCCUAGAGUUUUUGCUCAAUUAUCCCACCAAGCGAAAGCAGUUGAGAGAGCCCUAUAUAGUGAGGCAUCGCAGGCCCCGACCAAGAGGGCAGAGAUAGUCAGGGUUCAUCGAGACCCCCGACAGUACAAUCCUAGAAGAUUGGGCAGAGUUCAAUUCACAGAGGUGCAGAAAAAGGCACACAGAGACAUGUCAGCUGGGAGACUGCCCAAGAGCUCAGGGCAUAACAUCAGAAUCCACUUAGCGAUCAACACCAUUAGUGCAGAGAGACCGAUGCUAGCUAGAGGAGGUGGCACUGCAUCUGGUUUGAGGUGCAAAGCUUGGCGGCUUAAGCUCAAAGCCGUCGAUGAAACCAAGUUGGUGAUGACCAGUGAGAGAUCGCAUCAAACGAGGAUUGUAUCAGCUGUGCAAGCCCAAAUGAUGUUUGACAAUGGGUAUAAGGCCUUCUUGGCUUACUUUGUGGUGGUGUUUAUAGAAGACAUCCUAGUGUACUCCGAAUCGGAAGACGAGCAUAAUCAACAUCUCUGUAUUGUUCUCCAGACCCUCAAAGACAGACAAUUUUAUGCCAAAUUCAGGAAGUACGAGUUUUGGCUAUCAGAGGUGGCAUUCUUGGGUCAUGUCGUUUUAUCCGAAGGCAUCAGAGUCGACCCUCAGAAAAUUCAGGCUAUUAUUGAGUGA